AUGGAAGUACAAGCACAAAUUAAGGGUAUUAAGGAAUCAUAUAUUCGUGACCUCAACAGUGGUACAUCCUGGAAAGAUCUUAUUGACGUUGCCAAGAACAAUCCGCAAGAAUAUUCAAGUGAUAUAAACUCAGAGACUGUAUCUAAGUAUUUCGAACCAAAUACUCGUAUUAUUAUCGACGCACUGGAUAAACAAACAAAUUUUAGAGUUUGUAAAGGCUGUGGUAAACCUAUCCUAUUGGAGGCUAUUGUAGAUCAUAUUGAGAAUCACUGCUCGAAUUCGAGAGACCAAAAGGAAGGAACAGUUGGAGAUAUGGAUUCCUUCUCAGAAUCCUUAAUCAAUUCACCGACAAACGGAUCUAUUGAUGGUAGUUUACAGACAAAAGAAAAUUUAAAGAGAUCUUUAGAUAAUGAAAGUAGUGAUAUCAUGAGCUCUCCUGGCAAACAGGAUGCAAAGAAGAUGAAGAGUGAGACUCCUGGAAACUCGAAUAGGAAACCAAAGAAGGUGAAACAAAGAAACCCCACCGAUAAACAUUUGAUUGACUUUGACAAACAAUGUGGUGUGAAGUUGCCAGAAGGUGGAUAUUGUGCGAGAUCUCUUACAUGUAAAUCACACUCAAUGGGUGAUAAGAGAUCUGUGGUAGGCCGUACUGAACCAUUUGACACAUUACUAGCCGAAUAUCAUAGAAAACAUCAAACCAAGAUUGGUGCAGCUGCAGAGAAAAGGGCUAAACAACAAGAAAUGCAAAAAAUGCAGAAGCAAACACAAAGGGAUCAUAAAGACCAAAAGAAAACAACUCAAACGAAAACUGAUAAAAGAAAGAAGGCCUCCACAACAACCAAUAAAACUGUUAGAGGUACUGGCUCUAAUCGUGGAAAGAAUUCUUCUACUCAAAAUACUAUGAAUUAUCCAGUUUUGACACCGGAAGAAGAAACUACCCAGGUAUUGAAUGGUGUUUCGAGAUCAUUUCCACUACCAUUGGAAUCUAGAGUGUUAUCUUCCGUCAGGUACAGAACAAAGUACGUUAGAAUGAGAGAAAUGUUUGCAUCUGCUUUUUCUGUUAAGCCUGGUUUUUCAAAUCCAGGCUAUGGUGCAAUACAUUCCAGAGUUGGUUGCAUUGAUAUCGAUAGAACUACAGAUUAUAAGUAUAGAAUACGAACUCCUCAACCCGUGAACCAACAAGGAACUCAAAAUCUAACACCUCAACAAAUACAGAAAAUGCAGCAACAACGGAUGAUACAAAACCAAAUGCUCCAGCAAAAGCAGGCACAGAAUGCUCAACAAAUGGGUUUUAACAAUAACAACAAUAAUAAUCAAAAUAUAGGAUCCCCAGGUGCGAACAUGGUAAAUUCGCCAUCAAUCAAUAACCAGGACCAACUACUUCGGCAGACGAAGCAAACUAACUCGAAUGAUCUCAACCAUAUAGGAGGACAACAUCCUAUACCGAAUGUCCAAGGGCCGAGUUCCCCAGAAAAUAAUUUAAUAAACGGUGUUGGUGUGGGAAGCCCUGUGAAUAAUCCUCAAUCUCCAGGAAUGGGUAAUCUUCAAAUGGGUACUCAAAUGGUAGGGAAAGAUUCCUCACCAUCACAAUUCGGAGGAAGAGUAAAUUAG